AUGUCCGUUUGCCCUGGGAGACUUAAUUGCCCGCACAUCCUCCAGGAGGGGCACUCACAGUGGAAGGCAGCGUUGAAGCAGCAGCAGGAGAUGCGAGUUAAGCCCAUCCUGGCCAAAGCUGGUUGGGGAUCGGAGGCCAUCGCGCGGGUCACAACUCUGUUGUCCAUGGACGGAUCUCGUGAGGACAAAGACAUGCAGGUACUUGAGGAUGCGACUUGCCUGGUGUUCUUGCAAACGGAUCUACCGUCCAUGAAGAUCGAAGAUCACGGAAAGCUCGUGGAUCUCCUUCACAAGACCUGGGUGAAGAUGAGCCCGUGUGCACGAAGCAAGGCCAUCCACCUUGAGUAUGAUGCACCGAUGCUGCACUGCUUGAUCGAAGCCAUCGCACGGGACUCUACCCCAUCUUUGCCGCAGACGCCGAUGGUGGCCCCACGUUUUACAAAGGCCUGCGCUGACCUCCUCCGCAAGAGUUGGAGCGAGUUGCCGGAGACUUUCACCAAGGAGGUCUUCGACCGUCUCCUCACGGAGGACAAGGAGGUACAUGAGCUUCUCUCCUCCCCAGUCGUCAAGGACUUCCAGAACAUGCGCAAGGUGAUUAGUCGGUUCCUGGGGCUUCUGGAGCCAGAAGCAAUGCCACAAUUCGAGAAGCUGGCCCACGCUUUGGCUGUGGCCGGCCAUGGCGGCGGAUUGCGGCUGUCGCACAUCGCAGCCAUGAAGAGAGCUGUUGUGCGCGUGGUCACGAGCAAUGCCUCGAAGCAGCAGCGCGAGUCUGUGAAUCGGGCAUGGGAAGCCUUCUUCUAUGCCUUGGGAGCCGUGGUCGCCCCGCAUUUGAUGAGCCAAGAUCGGCUGGAGGAGAUCGCCGCUGCGACGUCCACAGCUCUACCCGUCCCCGGAGGUGGCCCCCAUGCGGCCAUUGCUGCUGUGAACGGCGUCGCUUUGCUGGAGAUGAGCCUGAACAUCUCCGCCCUUCGCCCCGGAAGCAACGCGCCCCCAGAAGAGGUGAUGACCAAGCUGCGCGAGGCACGAGGCUGGCUCCUAGAUUGCAUCCGCGAGGACGUGAAUGCCUACUGCGGGCUGCUCAGUUCGGUAUACGGACAGAUGCCAGACAAGGCAACGCAGACAGCGGCUUCGGAAGAGACUGAAAAGAGGCUUUGGCUCCGAAGGGCGGCAGAAGUUCCACUGCGCGUGGCCGAGCUGUCGACUGGCACGGCCGCAGAGUGUUUGCGAUGCAAAAGCUACAUCAAAGCGAGCUUGAAAGGAGACUGGAUCGCUGGCGCCAAGCUCCUUCGAACCGCCUCGGAGAUCUCUUUGAAGAACGUGUCCAUCAACCUGAGAGACAUGGGCUUGGCUGCCAAGGCUGCUGACUUUGACAAGCGGUUGGCCCGGAUUCGCGAUACCGAGCCGCCUUGGGAGGACCUGGUCGAUGUGACGAUCUCAUGA